GACGUCGCAAUAACGUAACGCCGCACCAGUGAAGUUAUGUUCUUCUACAAGCAGCUCGCCUUCGCCGCAGUCUUCGCUAUGAUGCUGGCGCAAGGCCAUGCAGUCCCUGUUGUCACGGAACGUCAAGUCUGUACGCCAGGCAGCGACGCUGAGGACGUCGCUAUAGGCGCGGAGGCUCAGACCGGGGGACGAAGGGUUGUACGACGGGUCACGACAGACCACGAUUAUGGCGACGACCAGUGUGGACCAGGACACGGAGUGUUGUGGUGAUGUGUGUUUGUAGAAUGUAUCCCUAUCAUCACCGCGCAUUAAUAUGCGUGCUUUCAUCUGUUUCAACCGAUUUCUUGCUGAGGGGAUAGUGUAUGACACUGAUAGUUGUACUCACAGUUGCUUAAAACCCAGGGCCGUUCGUCAGCCGACUGGCGGCUUGCGCCGUGGCCCUGC